AUGGCAAACACACCACACCCUCGGAUACACCUGUCUCGAUUUGUCCCCAAAUCUCAGACGGCACUGCUGGUAGCACUCAUCGGGAUUUCAGUGGUCGACUCUGUGUUACUGGGCUAUGACAGUUCGUUGAUGGGAAGUCUCAAUGUGAUGCCGACGUAUACCAGCUACUUCACCCUGACUACCGCCACAAAGUCGCUGAAUACUGCCAUUUCCUACGUCGGAGGUUCCUGUUCAGCCUUGGUUGCUGGUUUCGUGGUCGACUGGAUAGGUCGCUGGAAAAGCAUCUUCCUCUCUGCGAUUCUCACGCUUAUUGGGGCGAUCAUUCAAGCCGCCGCUCAAAACAUUGGCAUGUUCAUUGCCGGCCGCUUCAUUGUCGGCUUUGGUAUGGGGUUUGCCCAAACAGCUUGCCCGACCUUUGUAGCAGAGACCACCCCUCCAAAGUUCAGAGCUGUCACCUUAGGUCUCUACUACGCGUGCUGGGGUGUUGGAACUCUUCUUGCCUCGGGAGUUUGCUACUCGACCCAACAUUACUCGACGACUUGGGCCUGGAGGACCCCGAGUCUCGUUCAAAUAGUUCCCAGCAUCCUCUGCGUGUUCGUGCUGAUAUUUCUGCCCGAAUCUCCUCGGUGGCUCAUCAACCACGAUCGCCAUGAUGAGGCCCUGGAGAUCCUCGCCGCGGCCAAUGCCCACGGAGACAAGGAUGCACCAAUCGUCCUUCUGCAGUACCGGGAAAUUAGCGACACGAUUGCAUGGGAAAAGAGCCAGCAUCUUUCUUUCCGCCAAUCAUUCACCACCAAGGGAAAUCGAAAGCGUCUGCUCAUCACGGCCACCUUCUCAGUCAUCGUCAUGCUUCCGGGGACUAACAUCAUCACGUUCUAUUUCGGAGAUAUGUUGACGCAAGCGGGCAUCGAUGACCCCACCACCCAGCUCGAAAUAAAUAUCAUCCUCACCUCCUGGACAUUGGUUGUGUCCCUCCUCGGAGCCUGGUUCGCAGAUUCACUGGGUAGAAAGACCCUUUGCGCCAUCAGUCUGGUUGGACAAAUCGUCACGUUCUACAUUCUCGCCGGUCUUACUGCGUUAUACGGCGAGUCCACAUACAAGUCAGGCAUCUAUGCGACAAUCGCCAUGAUCUUUCUAUACAAUGCCGCUUAUGCCUAUGGCAUCACGCCGCUUACAGUUCUGUACCCUCCCGAAGUUUUAUCGUUUUCGAUCCGAGGUACCGGAAUGGGAUUGUAUACCCUCACGACAAAGCUGUCUGGCUUGCUCGUUACGAUGGCGUUCCCUUUCUCCCUCGACGCGAUUGGGUGGAAAACCUACAUCAUCAAUGCCAGCGCAGAUAUUCUCAUGUUGGUCGGCGUACUCUAUUACUGGGUUGAGACUAGGGGUCUCACGCUCGAGGAGGUUGAUAGGUUGUUUGAUGGCGAGAAACACUCUGAUGUCCCUGAUCUGAAAGUGGUUACAAGCGGGGAGGUCGAGAUUGGCAGUGAGUUGCUGAAGAAACAGGUCAGCAAUGUGACCAAUGAGGAAGUGGUGGCGAUGAAGAAGGACACGGAAUAA